AUGCUAUGGGAGACGCUGGCCCCCACCUUGGUCCGACAGGCCCGCCGGGAGGGCCCACCUGACGCGCUGAUCAUCCAGCUGGGCGAGAACGACCUGGGCAGACGGGAAGGCCCGGAACUGCAGCGGGCGAUGUGCGCCGACCUGGACUAUCUAAGGGGAUUGUUCCCUCGGACCUUCCUUUUGUGGUCAGACUUGCUCCAGAGGUGCUGUUGGCGCUUUGCGCGUAACCCAGAAAAGGUGGACGGGAUCCGGCAGCGGGUGGCCCGCGCCAUGGGGCGCUACAUUUCUUCAGCUGGCGGCCUACUCAUCCCACACCCGGACAUUUCUUUCCGCUUGGAGGCGCUGUUCCGCCCGGACGGGGUGCACCUGUCCAGCUGGGGCCACGACAUUUGGCUUCAGGACCUGAGAGAUGGCCUGCUCGAGUGGUUGCGGCGCCGUGUGUUUGGUCUCUGUUUGUCAUCGCGCCCGCGGCCUCCGGCCAUCAGCACUAGGCUGCAAGCGCGAGCGCCCGACUUACCGGGCGCUCGGUUUGCUGCCGCGGGGCCGGAGGGCGGAGAAGGCGCGGUGGCUGGCUGCCGGCCGGCCCGGGCUGGGACGGCGGCAGCCAAUCAGUUUGAAUCCCCGCCGUCCAAUCGCGGCCCAUCUCAGAGAGUCACCAGUGGUCCUGCCAGCUCCAGUAAGGGCACCUUCCUCCAGCUGUCCAACUAUCUGUUGACCCACUACAAGAAAGGAGUCCGGCCCGUGAAGGACUGGAGGACCACUACCAAUGUGGCCAUCGACGUCAUGAUCUACGCCAUCCUCAGUGUGGAUGAAAAGAACCAAGUUCUUACGACAUACAUCUGGUACAGACAGUGCUGGACCGACGAGUUUCUGAAGUGGGAUCCGGGGGAUUUUGACAAUCUCACCCAGAUGUCCAUCCCCACCGAAUCCAUUUGGGUUCCUGACAUCCUGAUCAACGAAUUCGUGGAUGUGGGCAAAUCCCCUGACAUUCCCUACGUCUACAUUCACCAUACCGGGGAGGUGCAGAAUCUGAAGCCGGUCCAGGUGGUGACCGCCUGCAGCUUGGAUAUCUACAACUUCCCCUUCGACGUACAGAACUGCUCCCUGACCUUCACCAGCUGGCUACAUAACAUCCGAGACAUCAACAUCUCCCUCUGGCGGUCCCAAGAGGCCGUGAAAAAUGACAAGAGUGUCUUCAUGAACCAGGGUGAAUGGGAGCUUCUGCACGUGCUGAGCUACUUCCGAGAGUUCCGAGUGGACGCCGCCAGCGAGAGCUAUGCAGAGAUGAAGUUCUUUGUGGUCAUCCGGAGACGCCCGCUCUUCUACGCCGUCAGCCUACUGCUCCCCAGUAUCUUCCUGAUGGUAAUGGACAUCGUGGGCUUCUACCUGCCCCCUGACAGCGGAGAAAGGGUCUCCUUCAAGAUCACGCUGCUGCUGGGUUACUCUGUCUUCCUGAUCAUCGUGUCCGACACCUUGCCAGCCACUGCCAUUGGGACCCCACUUAUUGGCGUCUAUUUUGUGGUGUGCAUGGCCUUGCUGGUCAUCAGCUUGACGGAGACCAUCCUCAUUGUGCGGCUGGUUCACAAGCAGGACCUGCAGCCGCAUGUCCCCGACUGGGUGAAGCGCUGGGUGCUGGAGCGAGCCGCCGUCCUGCUCUGCAUCCGAGACAGGAACGCCUUCUGCCCUGUCCGCACUCAGAGCUCUGAUAUGUCCCGGAACGUGGAGAAUAAUGACAGCACAGCCAAACUGAAUCACUUCAGUGUUGAAUCCACGCGUGACUAUGAUGGAACUGCAAGUGGUUCGGUGAUCCCGGCGCAGGGAGGGGACUCCCUCAUGGUCGAAAACAUCCUGAAGGAGAUUAGAGCCAUUCGCCAGUUCCUGGAGAAGCGGGAUGAAUUCCGCGACAUUGCCCGUGAAUGGCUGCAGGUCGGCUACGUUCUGGACGUGCUGCUCUUCCGAGCCUACCUGGUCUCCGUGCUGGCCUACAGCCUCACCCUGGGCACUUUGUGGUCCAUCUGGCAAUAUGCUUGA